GAAAAACAGUUCCGGCACCAUGUCGUCGGCGUUCGGCGACUUCGGCCCGCUCACCGAGCGCCGCAAGGCCGAGAAGGCGCGGCAGCAGCGCAGGCGCAUCAUGAUCGCCGUUGGGACCGUGUCCAUCGUCGUCGUCCUCAUCGUCGCGGGGAGCUUCGCCGUCAUGUACAGCGGGAAGUCGUCCAGCGAGGGCCACUCCAAGUCCUCCUCCGGCUCCAAGGGCUCGUCGUCGCCGGCCAAAGGCAAGUCAUCCGGCGGCGGGUCCCACUCCGCGAGCCCGAGCAGCUCGGACUCGGACUCGGGCUCGGACUCCGGCUCGUCGGACUCGCAGCCGGACCUCAAGGCCGUGUCCAAGAGCAUCAAGGCCAUGUGCUCGCAGACGGACUACACGGACGCGUGCGAGAAGAGCCUCGGCAAGGCGGCGACCGCGAACGCGACGUCGCCCAAGGACAUCGUCCGGGCGGCGGUGGAGGUGAUCGGCGACGCGAUCGGGCAGGCGUUCGAGCGCGCGGACCUUAUCAUGAGCAACGACCCGCGCGUGAAGGCCGCCGUCGCCGACUGCAAGGAGAUCUUCGGCGACGCCAAGGACGACCUCAACCGCACGGUCAAGGGCGUCGACGCCAAGGACGGCAUCGCCAAGGACGGAUACCAGCUGCGCAUCUGGCUCAGCGCCGUGAUCGCGCACAUGGAGACGUGCAUCGACGGCUUCCCCGACGACGACUUCAAGGUCAAGGUGAAGGACUCCUUCACCAACGGGAAGGAACUCACCAGCAACGCCCUGGCGCUCAUCGAGAAGGGAUCGUCGAUCCUCUCCGCAAUCAAGGGUAGCUCGAAACGGCGGCUGCUCGCCGAGGACGAAGGCGCUCCGGCGUCGAGAGCCGAGCCGGCGCUCGACGAGGACGGCAUCCCCGAAUGGGUGCCCGACGGCGAGCGGAGGGUGCUCAAGGGCGGCGGCUUCAAGAGCACACUCACGCCGAACGUGGUGGUGGCCAAGGACGGCAGUGGCAAGUUCAAGACCAUCAACGAGGCGCUCGCCGCCAUGCCCAAGUCCAACAACGGAAGAUACGUGAUACAAGUGAAGGAGGGGGUGUACGAGGAGUACGUGACGAUCACCAAGGCUAUGGUGAACGUGACCCUGCUAGGCGACGGCUCCAAGAAGUCCAUCGUCACCGGCAAGAAGAACUUCGUCGACGGGAUCACGACCUUCAAGACCGCAACCUUCACCGCGCAAGGCGAUGGGUUCAUGGCGAUCGGGAUGGGUUUCCAGAACACGGCCGGACCGGAGAAGCACCAGGCGGUGGCGCUACUGGUGCAGUCGGACAAGUCCAUCUUCCUCAACUGCCGCAUGGACGGGUUCCAGGACACGCUGUACGCGCACUCCAAGGCGCAGUUCUACCGCAACUGCGUCAUCUCCGGGACGGUGGACUUCAUCUUCGGUGACGCGGCGGCCGUGUUCCAGAACUGCAUCCUCGUCCUGCGCCGCCCCAUGGACAACCAGCAGAACAUCGCCACCGCGCAGGGCCGCGCCGACGCCCGCGAGGCCACGGGGUUCGUGCUCCAGAAGUGCGAGUUCCAGGCCGAGACCGCGCUCAGGGACGCCGCGCGCCCGCCCAUCAAGAAUUACCUCGGCCGCCCGUGGCGGGAGUGCUCGCGCACGCUCGUCAUGGAGUCGGAGCUCCCGGACUUCAUCGACAAGGCCGGGUACAUGCCGUGGCAGGGCGACUUCGCGCUCAAGACGCUCUGGUACGCCGAGUACGGCAACACCGGGCCGGGAGCCGACACGGCGGGGCGCGUCAACUGGCCGGGGUACAAGAAGGUGAUCAGCAAGGCGGACGCGGCCAAGUUCACCGUCGAGAACUUCCUGCGUGCCCAGCCGUGGAUCGAUCCCACGGGGACGCCGGUCAAGUACGACCUCUUCACAUGAGGACCACGGCCGGGGAUCGCGUGCGAUGCGGGCGUCUGCGCAGUAGGGGAUCGGAUCGGAGGAGGCAAAGAGGUGGUGAUGAGUGGAGAUGCUACGGUGCCCUGCAUGGACGUCCAGUUCAAAUUCGCGUUGGUAUACUGGCUGUUAUAUGGGUUUUGUACCUGUACAUGAAGUUUCUUUUUCCUACCACGAUUACGUCUCAGUAUAGAAGAUUUGGAAAAUCUUUGACAGAGAUACUGUAACAUUUCACUGGCAACACUA